AUGGCAACACCCAUUGGUCAAUCUGCUUUCCGUCCUAAAGGUCAGAAAACAUGUAUUCAACAUAAAGAGAAACAGCUUGAUCUUUACUGUGAGAAAUGUGAUCAACUUAUUUGCCUUACAUGUUUACUAUCAACUCACAAAGGUCAUGAUGUUUGUGAACUCAGUGCAAUUACUCCUCAAAAGAAACAACAUAUUAAAAGUUUUAUCGACAAAACAGAACAAAAUGACCUGAAACAAGUCGGGGAAUAUAUAUCUUCUGUGGAUACACUCCUUAAAGACAACACCAGCAAUUUUGAGGAACUUUCACUCAAACUAAAAUCUCAAACAGAUAAAAUAAAACAAGACCUUGAUCUGCUUACAACACAGACACUCUCUGUUUAUAAAAAGAUGGAAGAGGGCAAUGCCAGGCUGAUUCUAAAAUACAAAAAGGACCUGGAGACAUACAACAAACAACUAAAACAACAACUACAGGAAUGUAAGGUGACCCUCCAGCAUGGCUCUCAUCUGGAAAUCUACGACACAGAGUAUGAAAUACAUACCUCGUUACAUCUCCCCGUGAAACCUGUCCUGGGUACGGCCAGCUUCACACCUACCACAAAUACUCACCAUCAUCUACAACUGGCCUUAGGGACAGUUACCACCUCAGGACUGUCAGAGACCAAAGUGGUGAAGGAGUGGAAAUCUCCAUGUUACAUUGGGUCUUUAUGUCCCACUACUGAUGGUCAGGUGUGGACCAGUGAUUACAGUGGUACAUUAACUCUCCUUAACAGGGAAGGUGAAGUAGUACAGAAGGUCAAACACACGACUGUCAUCAAGGACAUCAGUCUAUCACCCACAACACACACACUGUGGGUCUGUGACGAGGAAAACAACAUCAUGGAGCUGGUAUCAGGACAACUUACAAACAAAUUCAGAACCAAGGAGUUCCCCCAGUGUAUAUGUGUUACAGCUAGUAACCAUAUCAUUUUGGGGAUGAAGAAACACAUCUGUAAAUUUACUACACAAGGUCAAAUGGCUGUAGAGACUGGGAAACCGUUAGUGUAUACACCAGUCAGGAUGUCAGAGUGUCCAGUAACUCACAAUGUCACAGUGAUUGAUAUCAACAGUAAAACUGAAGGUGGUGAUGGAAACCAAUGUGUUGUUGUCAUAGAUACUGACUUCCAGGAAGUGUUUGUAUAUAGAGGUGACAUCCCCAGUACAUAUAAACAAACACCACAAACAGGAGGUGUAACAUUUUACCCCAGGGAUGUGGUGUAUGACAGUGUGGGGAACCUUAUCAUAGGGGACUAUAACAACUAUAGGGUCCUUCUCCUCAGUGGAGGUGGCGAGUUCCUCAGGAUCAUAUACACAGACAGACGGGCGACAUGGGCUGUAGGUAUAGACAGGGAGGAUGUUCUGUGGGUAGGGUUUAAGUAUCUGGUAUGGUAUAAUGUAAAACUACUACAGUACAGCAGUGUGUAA